AAUCUGAUCUAUGAAUAAUUGACAUUAUCAACAAACUCAAGCAUCGAAGCACUAAAAUACUUGAAAAUUUACAUUUAUCUUAUCGAAAACAAUAAUACAAACAAAAUCUGUUAAACCAAACAACAAAAAUGUUUCUCCCAAAGUUAUUUCUUGUCUUUUACACUUUAUCCCUUUUUUGGAAGAAAAAUGAGUGUGCUGACAACCGCAAAUUCCCCUCCGAAUUUAAAUUUGGUGUAGCCACAGCCUCGUACCAGAUCGAAGGUGGUUGGAAUGUUGAUGGUAAAGGCGAAAACAUCUGGGACCGCCUAACUCACGAAACAAACUUAGUCAAAGACAACUCCACCGGAAAUGUCGCUUGCGACUCCUACCACAAAUACAAAGAAGAUCUCGCUCUACUUGGGGACCUUGGUGUCGACUUUUACCGAUUUUCCCUAUCUUGGAGUAGAAUCCUCCCCACGGGUUACAUCGACGGCCAAAUUAACGACGCCGGAGUCAAAUACUACGAAGAAAUUCUCUCAGAGUUAGAAAAACGUGGAAUUGAAGCAAUGGUCACAUUGUACCAUUGGGAUUUGCCCCAGAAACUUCAAGACGAUUUCGGAGGUGUUCUCAAUGAUACUUUCAUUGAAGUUUUUGCAAAUUAUGCACAACUAGCGUUUGAGCUUUUCGGAAGUCGAGUCAAGCAUUGGGUGACGUUCAAUGAACCGUUUAUUAUUUGCCAACAAGGGUACGAAAACGGGCUUAAAGCUCCGGCAAUUACAAAAGCUCCAGGGAUUGAUUUGUAUACUUGUGCUCACGUGAUUUUAAAAGCUCACGCUAAAGCGUACCGGAUAUAUGACAAAUCAUAUCGAAAAACACAAAAUGGCAAAAUUACGAUUGUCUUAAAUACGGACUGGUUUGAACCUGCAAGUAGUGAUUCGAAAGAUUUGGAAGCAUCCGAAAGAAAACUCCAGUUUCAGUUCGGUUGGUUUGCACACCCUAUUGUAUAUGGAAAUUAUCCCCAAGUGAUGAUUGAUCGAAUCGAAGAACGAAGCAUAAAGGAAGGUUUCAAAGAGUCGCGAUUGCCCAAGUUUACAGAUAAUGAAAUUGAAGAUAUUAAAGGAACUUACGAUUUCAUCGGUUUGAAUCAUUACACGACUACCUUAGCUGAAUGGAGCACAGAUAUAGCAAUUGGUAAACCCAAGUCAACGAAAGAUAUUUCAGUCAAUAUAUUCAAAAAUUCAUCAUGGGAAGGUUCGGCGUCAAAUUGGUUAAAAGUUGUUCCAUGGGGAAUAAGAAAAAUUUCAAAAUGGAUAAAAGAUACGUACAAAAAUCCUGAAAUAAUAAUAACAGAGAAUGGAUAUUCUGACGUUGGUGGUAUUUUUGAUGAUUCGCGCCGAGUCAACUACUACCGAGAAUAUUUAAGUAAUGUUUUGAAAGCAAUUUACGACGAUGGCGUCAACAUUACCGCAUAUGCAGCGUGGAGUUUUCUGGAUAAUUUCGAAUGGUUAAACGGCUACACCGAGAAGUUUGGCCUUUACUCUGUCAACUUCUCCGACCCCGAGCGUCCCCGAACCCCAAAAUCUUCAGUUAAUUAUUACAAAAACAUUAUGGCAACAAAAUGUCUUGUAGAUCAAUGUUUGUAAAAAUAAAAAAAAAAUCUCC